AUGUUUUGCACAGUGUGUCUGGCCUACAGCAAAGCUAGUGAACCCAAUUCAUUUACUGAUGGCAUGAAUGAUUGGAAGCAUGUUCACCAACGAAUUGAAGAACACGAAUCGAGUAAACACCAUUGCAGGAGUGUAGAGGCACACAUUAUGUCGAGCAAUGACAAGGACGUGUAUAGCUUGCUUUUUUCAAAUCAAAAAAAUGUGAGAGCUGCUCAAGUUAAAGAAAAACGGCAAGUUCUAGAACGUGUGAUAGAAAUUGUUAAACUUAUUGGAAAGCGAGGACUUAGUUACAGAUCUAUCAAUGACGCAGCCUACUGUCUGGACAAUGUCAAUAUUGACCACGGGAACUUUUUAGAAAUUUUAAUCUUUCUGUCUAAAUUUGACCCGCUUAUGAAAAAUCAUCUUGACAUCGUGACGGAGAAAAGUAAGCAACGACAUGUCACGUGCGCAGCAUCAGGAACGAAGGGACAAGGAGGGUUAGUAACAUUUAUUUCAAGCACUACUGUCAAUUAUGUAAUUGAAUCUGUUCGCCGUAUGAUUAAGGCAAUGAUUGCAGAUGAGAUUCAAUCGGCAGGAAUGUUCUCUGUGCAACUGGACACAACGCAAGAUGUUAGCGUAAAAGAUCAAUGCUCGAUUGUAAUCCGAUAUGUUAAAGACCAUAUUUACGAGCGACUGGUAUCCGUCAGCAAUUGUACUAAUUCGACAGGCAAGGGUAUGUUCGAGUUGUUCCGGGAUGAAAUUGUCAAAAUGGGCAUAAACAUUGAAAACUGUGUGGGAUACUCUACAGACGGGGCGGCAAACAUGUAG